CCGCAGCCCAGUCCUGCGAGAUCCAAGCGACCCGGGCCUUAGCGCGGGCGGGGGACGCGGAGCUCGGGGCCAGCCGGAAAGGGCGCUGCACCUCGGAGCGAGCGCCAGGCUACAGCGUCCCAGCGGCUCAAGAUGCCCAGGCCGCCGCCGAGCCCCGCAAGGGUGAACUGCUAGCCUCCUUCCCCGACCCAGAGCAGAGGGUGUCAAUCAGAAUAUAGCUCCCAACAUGGACUCCGCAAAGCAAUUUUUAACUGUCUUCGGAAAAUCACUGUUUGUUCUUCUGGAGACUCUGGUUUUUACUGUAAUUCCAAAGCCAAGGAAGAGUGUUGCUGGUGAAAUCGUACUCAUAACAGGUGCUGGGAGUGGACUUGGAAGGCUCUUAGCCCUCAAAUUCGCCCGCCUCAAAGCUGUGCUUGUUCUCUGGGAUGUCAACAAGGAGGGGAAUGAGGAGACAUGCAGGAUGGUUCGGGACGAGGGAGGCACAAGAGCCUAUGCCUAUACCUGUGACUGCAGUCAGAAGGAAGAAGUGUACAGAGUAGCUGAUCAGGUUAAAAAAGAAGUUGGUGACGUGACCAUCCUAAUCAACAAUGCUGGGAUCGUAACAGGCAAAAAGUUCCUCAAUUGCCCAGAUGAGCUUAUGGAAAAGUCUUUCGAUGUGAAUUUCAAAGCACAUCUAUGGACUUAUAAAGCCUUUCUGCCUGCUAUGAUUGCUAAUAACCAUGGACAUUUGGUUUGCAUUUCAAGUUCAGCUGGAUUACUUGGAGUAAAUGGACUGGCAGAUUAUUGUGCAAGUAAGUUUGCAGCCUUUGGAUUUGCUGAAUCUAUAUUUAUGGAACUAUCUGCUCAGAAAAUAACAGGGAUCAAAACCACUAUUGUGUGCCCAUUUUUUAUAAAAACUGGAAUGUUUGAAGGUUGUACUACUGACUGUCCUUCUCUGUUACCAAUUUUGGAGCCAGAAUACGUAGUCCGAAAGAUAGUAGAUGCUAUCCUGCAGGAAAAAACGUACUUGUAUAUACCAAGGUUUAUAUACUUCAUGGUGUUUCUAAAAAGUAUCUUGCCCAACAAGAUAGGACUGCUCUUGGUUGAAUAUAUGGGCAUCUUCAGUGUAAUGAAUGGCUUCGUUGGAAAGAAAAAGAACUAAAAACCAAAGAGGAAGAACUCUAUUGCUGAUGUCAUCUGAUACCCAGUGCUACACAUUGCUUAUUUCAAUGAAGAAAAGGAUUUUUGUCUGAUAGAGUAUACCUGGAGACUUUGAGUAUCAUCCUUGUUCUAUCUGGACUAGUAUUUUCCAUCAAUACUUUUGAAAAUACCAGUAAUAUCGCUAUCUGCUUUUAUGUUGAGUUUUUUAAAAUUAAUAAAAAACAGCUCUUUUUUUUCA